GUUGCAACCAGACCGUAACACGUUAGUCCUCAUCGUGGUCAUGGAGGCGAACGUUUGUUCAUACCAAGCUUCCCCUUGUGGUGACGGGUGAAGAUGACGGGUGAACGCAGAGCGUAAAGCUACGACACCGUCUGACGAUCACACAAUCGGCACGUGUCUUUGGUUGGAUAAAGUAGCCAGUGCAUUGCAACCGUGGAUACUAAUAACUUCAUUGUAGGGAAGUGAAUGUGUAUAGGAUAUUAAACAUUGGUUUAACGUCUUGUCGGGGCACGAGGGCAUCCCAUCCUUGCUGCCCCACCCCCGUGAAAGUCCCCGAUGCCUCAAGGAGUUAUUCGUCGUGGACUGACCCUUGUGAAAAGACAGAAAUAAGCCUAGCAGGUGUCCCACCAUGCUCAGGCGAAGCCGAAUGUUCUGCAUCGUACUUUUCAGUUUAACAGUGAUCGUAGCUGGAUCUCAAACCGAUCUGAUGCCAGAAGAGGUCCGGGGACGAUUACUCGGAAAAAUCAGCAAGUCUUCCACUGAAAAAGAAGCCUUAUUAAAGGCCUUUGAAGCACGAUUGCUGAAUGUGUUUGGUUUGAAGUCGAGACCAAAACCUAAGAGAAGUGUGAAUGUGCCAGAAUACAUGAUGGAGUUGUAUAGGCAUCAAGCGAACAAUGAACAUGUAGACAUUCGAGAUGUGCACAUUAAACAGCCUAUGCCUGGAUCAGCCAAUGUCGUGAGAAGUCAUAUAUAUGAAGAAGGUAGUUUUGAAGAUUCGGACAGCAACUCAAUUUAUUAUCUCUUCAAUUUAACUAGUGUUCCAACAACUGAGAAUUUACGAGCGGCCGAGCUCCGAAUUUAUAGACAUAAGUGUAAAGAUUGUCUUAAACAACGUGUACAGGUGUACGACGUAGUACGACCACCUAAAGGACGGACAGAAGCGCUAUUGAGGUUGGUCGAUACUAGGGUGGUAGAUGCACGUAAAUCUGAAUGGAUUAGUCUCGAUGUUUUACCAGCCGUAAUUAGAUGGCAAUCCAAGCCAUCUUCCAAUCACGGACUUCAUGUACGAGUGACAAGCAAAGAUGGAAAAUCAACUCCAAAACAUCAUAAUAUUCGACUCAGGAGAUCGACUGAAACUUGGACUCAGCAACCGUUGCUUGUUACUUACUCUGCUGAUGGCAGAAACAAAGAAUCGAGUAGAAAGAAAAGAAGCGGUAAAAAGCGCAGAAAUCGUGGUAAAGUAUGUCGACGUCAUUCUCUGUAUGUCGAUUUUAGUGAUGUCGGGUGGAACGAUUGGAUCGUAGCACCUCCCGGGUACAAUGCUUACUAUUGUCAUGGCAUUUGCCAGUUUCCGUUAUCAGCACAUAUGAAUGCUACUAACCAUGCGGUGAUUCAGACGUUAGUGCAUUCAACUAAUCCGGCCACAAUACCGCAAGCCUGCUGCGUGCCUACAGAACUGUCGGCGAUAGCUAUGUUAUAUGUCGAUGAAUACGACACAGUGGUGUUGAAGAACUACCAGGAUAUGGUGGUGGAAGGAUGUGGGUGUCGCUGACGUGUGACCCAACACCCCAAAAUCCGUCCAGACAGAAUGAAUCAAAUGCUAUAACCAUCACGGUAUUCGUGUGAAUGGCGUGCUUACAACGAAAAGAUUGGUUUUUGGGAUGUGCCGUGAACUGCAAGUUGUGAACUUCUCAAACUCGUAGAAACAGUACAACUAGCAAAAUGAUGUUACGAAGUGAUACACUAUCGUUUUUGAAAUAAAACGGAUACGUACCUGCUAUUCAAACAAUAUCAUUCACAGCUCAUCAUUCAUUCUGUUUAGUCCAAUUUCAACAGAACAAAGCUAAGUCCAUUAAAUCACUGUCGGCUCAUCCAGACGCUUCUUUGCCAUUUUGUAUUAUUAACAAAGCGUCGAUACGUUCAUGUUAUGUUCCGCAUGAAAUUGCCAUAUGUCAUGUAGAGAUUCUUAAGCUCCAUCAGCAGCUAUUUAUUAACCUUCCUUUAUUGUGUAUAUGUUUAAAAUGACAAAUUUUUGUUUGUUUUAAUUCUAGUAAUUUAAAUAUUCGAUCGUAUGUUGAUUAUAAGACUUGUUCAGCAGAAUUGUUGUACAUAGAAAUACAGUUUAUGUAAAUAGAUCAUCAUUUUUGUUGUAAUGUUGAGUUGCCAGCAGUUUGUCUAUAGAGUCAAAACUGCCACAAUCUUUGUUAGUAAAUAAAGAAUGGAAAUUAU